CUUCACUUUUCUUAACUAUUUAACAUACUUUUUUUAAGAUGGGCUUCAUCUCAUUAUUGAUUUUUCACCCUAGAGAAACCAAUUCAGUACUUCGGAGACUAUAGAACUUUUCUAACUUUCCGAAGUUUUAAACGGAAAUAUUGGAAUCCACGUUAUUUUCUAAUUGCCUCAAACUGAAACUAUCUGAAAUUUUUAUUUUCAAAGAAACUAAAAAAGCAAUUUUAGUAUCUGAAUUUUUGGAUGUUGUUCUUACUUGACGGAAAGAAAAUACGUGCAAUACGUUCAUGUGCAGACAACGGUCUUUUUUCAGAAAUGAAUAAUAGUUGCUAGUAUUAUUUUUUUCUUAAACUUCCAGGCUAAUUUCACCUACAAAAAUUCCAAAAAAUAGCAAUGGGUGGAUUUUCGAUAUUUUCGCGAAACACGAAGCCCAUUUACGCAAAAGUGAGCACAAUGGAUGCUGAUUUGGAGAAGAUUGUAAUUGAGAAAACAUGGACAGGAAGACAUUUAUUUGAAGCAGUUUGUCGAAUUAUUGGAUUACGGGAAACUUGGUAUUUUGGACUACAGUUCACAAAUAAAAAGAAUAUUCCAUGUUGGUUACAGAAUGAUAAAACUAUCUGUGGCCAAGACAUCCAAAAAGACACAUCUGAUGGAACUUUUAAUUUCUUAUUUCUUGUCAAAUUCUAUCCAGAAGACGUGGAACCUGAGAUUAUUCUAGAUGCCACUAGACAUUUGUUCUUUUUACAAAUACGAGAAGCAAUACUUUCAAUGAAUCUAUAUUGUUCACCUGAAGCAAGUGUUUUAUUGGCCAGUUUUGCAGUUCAAGCAAUGCAUGGCGACUGUACAGAAGAAGUUGGUCCAAUUGAUCUUGACAAGCAUUUACCAAAAAGUGUGAUUGAUCAAUAUGAUAUGAGUGCUGAUAUGUGGAGAGAUCGAAUAAAACGAUGGUGGUCACGGAAUGCAGGACAAUCAAGAGAAGAAGCUGAACUUGAGUAUUUGAGAGUUGCACAGGAUUUGGAGAUGUAUGGAAUAUUAUAUUAUCCUAUUUGUAAUAACAAAGAAACUGACUUACAUCUUGGUAUAUCCGCUCAAGGGUUGGGAAUCUAUAAGGGAGUGAAUCGAAUAACACCUCGGCCGUUUUUUAGUUGGAGUGAGAUUAAGAAUAUUCAAUUUAAGAAUCGAAAGUUUCACAUGAAAACCGUCGACAAAUCCACAAUAUCAUUUCGAUCACGAGAGACAUCAAUUGAUUCUUCAAUAUUGGAUCUUUGCAUUGGAACACACAAUUUGUAUUUAAGGAGGAGGCAGCCAGACACGUUAGAGGUUCAACAAAUGAGAUCACAAGCAAAAGAAGACAAGCAACGUCGAGCAGCAGAACAAGCAAAAGUUGCAUUGGAACGAAAAGAGAGGCAGCAAAUGGAAAAAGAAUAUAAGGAAAUGAAACAAAAAGUUGAAGUGAUGACUUUGGAAUUAAUGAAAGCUCAAGAAAAUAUACGAAAGGCAGAAGAAGCGAAUGAUCAAUUAGCAGAGAAGGCACGACACAGUGAACAUGAAACUUUGAUGUUGUACAAGCAAAAAAGUGAAGUUGAAGCUGAAUGUAAUCGAUUAAGUAUGAAUAAUAUGAAGUCCGAAGAAGCUCUGUUGAGAAUGGAACGAAAAGCUCGGGAAGCUGAGAUUUUGGCAAAGCAGAUGUCAAUGUCACUAGCAGAUGUAAGCCUUGACGCGAAUCGGAAAAUGACACAGUAUUCGAGUCAGUCUGCGUUGAUUAUUGAUCCGAAUUGGCAUCAACAAGUAUCUGGUCAUCAAUCAGGUCAUCCUGGUAUGCCAUCAACAGGAUCAUUUCAUCAACUGCAAUCACUUGACACACACACUCAUCCUCAACAAAUGAUGUCUCGAAGUCUGAAUAUGCCAUCAUCUGCAUUUUCCUCCCCAAUUCCUUCAAAUCAACCACUUUCUCAUCAACAACCACAACAAAUGUCUCAAAAUACUCAAGCUCAUCAACAACAAACUCAAGUUCAAAAUCAGAAUCAACCGCCAUAUUACGGAGGAUCUGGUAUGAUUAUUCCACCACCCGAUCCUUCAAUUAGUCAGAUUUUCGAGCAACAGACUACUCUGAUGGAGUUGGAAAAAUCAAGGUCAGAAUACGAAACACGAGCGCGAAUCUUCAAGGAGCACCUGGAAGAAUUACGUGGCGAUAUUGACGGCCUGAAACGAGACGGUAAUGUACAAAAUGGGCAGCAUCGAGAGCAUGAUGCGGUUCAUGCACAAAAUGUGGCACACGGUUUUGAUAAGUUCACGACGAUGAGAAUGAAAAAAUCAAAAAGCGCAAGCUCAAUUGGCUCAUCGGGUUCCUCCGAUUCCUUGGAGCUCAAUACUGUCGCUAGACAUGUGGCGGGACGAGGGAUUCCACGUGUCUCUACAGUAUCCACUACGAGCUCGUCAAGUAUUCUGAGCCACGUCAUGAUGCUGCAUAGACAGCAGUCUUAUGAUUUGGGAAACACUGAAUGGCAGGAAGCUGACAUUUGAAUAUAAGUAUGCGAGGAACUCCACGACAACGAGCACAAGCUUUUGAUGGAAUGUGAUAAGAAACUUUAUGGCCAUUUAUGAACCGAUUUUCCUUUUUUUUCUUCAGUUUUUCCCCAUCCCGAUAAGAGAUAACCCCAUUUUGUGCUCAUUCAGUUUAUUGAUUUUUCCACACCCUUUUGCCAUUUUUCAAUCAAUAAUCUUUCGUGGCAAGACAAAAACGCGUAUUUUUCUUCUUUUUUCCGAAAGGCAUAUUGUGUAAAUAUACAUAUCGAAUGAUUGAUGAAUACAGAUUUUUUUU